AAGGCUUUGAAGUUAAUGUUACCCAGGAGAUGUCAUCAGGGAAACAGACCAGAGUUUCUGCAUCUGCCCCACAUUUCACAAGGACCUUCAGCAAAAAAAAGUGUCCUGUUGUACUUCCGGGAGUCGUCCUCCGGUCCAGUAGGUGGCAGUGUUGCUUUCACACCGUCAGACCCAAACAGACGAAGAAUGGCGGAAGAGGAAGACGAGCCCGGCUUCGAAGAAGAGCUGGAGGACGCCAGCGGCGGCGCUGAUGUGUCUCACGGGCGGAGGAAGCGGCUCUUCUCCAAGGAGCUCCGCUGCAUGAUGUACGGCUUCGGGGACGACCAGAACCCCUACACGGAGUCCGUGGACAUCCUGGAGGACCAGGUGAUCGAGUUCCUCACGGAUAUGACCCACAAAGCCAUGUCUUUCGGGCGGCAGGGCCGCGUCCAGGUGGAGGACAUCGUUUUCCUGAUCCGCAAAGACCCCCGGAAGUUCGCCCGAGUCAAAGACCUGCUGACCAUGAACGAGGAGCUGAAGAGAGCCCGAAAAGCCUUCGAUGAGGCCAACUAUGGAUCCUGAGAGCCGCUUAUGGGCCGGAGAAGAUGCAGAAACACGUUCCGGGGAAAGGUGCCUUCACCUCUAAAGACCUUUCUGUUCUAUUGGUUUAGAAAAAGGUUUUUCUUGUUUUCUCCUGAAAAUCUUCACACAAACAAUUAAGGCAAAAUAAAACAUUUGUCCUUCAAAUCUGGG